CGAAGGUGAGCACACUGGCGCGCAUGCUUCGCUCCUCUCUCCGCCUGCUGCAACCAUUUGCUCGCACAACGCGAGUCCACGGCCUGCACACGUCGGCUGCCGCACGCUCUGCCGCUGAACCUCUGUCGCCGCCCAGCGACGCUGAGCUGCUGGACCGUCUGCUGAGCGGUUCCAUGUCGCAGCAUCGGCUCGAGGCGGAGCUCGGCGGCGACGCCGAGCGCGCGGUGCGCGUGCGGCGGCUGUACGUCGAGGCGGUCUCCGCCCAGGACGGCGUGGGUGACCCGGCCGCCGUGCUGUCGCUACCCGUCGAGGAAGUGGACGGCCCGGAGUUCUAUUCGAGCGUGCUCGGCACCAACUGCGAGAACGUGGUGGGGUUCGUGCCUCUGCCGGUCGGCGUGAUCCGGCCCCUCCUGCUCGACGGCCGCCGGCUUACGGUGCCGCUCGCGACCACCGAGGGAGCGCUCAUCGCCUCGACCAACCGAGGCGCGCGAGCGAUCGCGGCGGGCGAGGGCGUGAGGACGGAGCUGCUCGGCGACGGCAUGACGCGCGCGCCGGCGGCGGCGCUCAAGCGCUGGUUCGAGGCGCCCGACCGGCUGCCGGAGCUGCAACGCACCUUUUCGGCGACGUCUCGCUUCGGCCAGCUGCUCGGCGUCAAAGUCGCGCUCGCCGGGCGGCACGCGUUCGUGCGCUUCCGCUGCGCGACGGGCGACGCCAUGGGCAUGAACAUGGUGGGCAAGGGCGUCAACACCGUGCUCGCGGAGGCGCUCGAGACGCCGGCGCUCGAGGGCGCGGAGCUGAUCGGCCUCUCGGGCAACUACUGCACCGACAAGAAGCCGGCCGCGGUCAACUGGAUCGAGGGGCGGGGCAAGCACGUCGCGGCGGAGGCGGUCAUCCCUGCAAAGGCGGUGCGUGAGGUGCUCAAGGCGGAGCCGCUUCGCAUCGCGCGCCUGAACGUCGCCAAGAACCUGCUCGGCUCGGCGCUCGCGGGGUCGAUUGGCGGCUUCAACGCUCACGCGUCCAACCUGGUGACCGCCGUCUUCCUCGCCUGCGGCCAGGACCCCGCGCAGAACGUCGAGUCGUCGCAGUGCAUCACCACCAUCGAGGCGGUCCCCACGCCCGACGGCGACCACGACCUCCGCAUCGCUUGCACGAUGCCCUCCGUCGAGUGCGGCACCGUCGGCGGCGGCACUGCGCUGCCCGCGCAGGCGGCGUGCCUUCGGAUGCUCGGCGUCGCGGGCGCCGCGGACCCGCCCGGGGAGAACGCGGCGCAGCUGGCGCGCGUCAUCUGCGCGACCGUGCUGUGCGGCGAGCUCUCGCUCAUGUCUGCGCUCUCGUCCAACCACCUUAUCUCUGCGCACCUCGCCCUCAAUCGCCGGCCCGCGGCACCCGCCGCCGACUGA